AACAGAAACCAUGUGAAGCAAAAAAAGGUUAAGUUUUUAGGUUCAUUAAUGGUAGUUUUGUGACCUCAAAUCACUUUUUUUCAUCUGGGUAUUUUGUUUUUGCAAAUUUUUUUGAAAAUUUGUGAGACAAUUUGUUGGGUUUGGUCAAUGGUGAUUACUUCUGUUUGGUAGCAGAUAAACACUCAAAAGAAUAUGCCUCAAGAAAGCCUGAGAUCAGUUGUGUAUAGAUCAUUUGUCACUUGUGAAGAUCCAAGAGGUGUAGUUGAAGGUAAAACAAUCAGAAUAUCCAAAACUGAUACUACAAAAAUGAGUUCUAGAAAAGCUGAAAAUAAAACACAACCAAAGAGUUCAAAAGAGAAAGAGAAAAUGUCUCUUGUUGAGGUCAAGAAUGGAGCUCAAAAGCUAAAUCAAGCUAUUGAUUCUUGGUCAAAUGGGACUAGUUUUAGAGGCCAACCAAAAGAUAUUGCGAAAGAUUUGCUAAAAGGAGCUCUUGAUCUUCAAGAAUCUCUCAUGAUGCUUGGCAAGUUGCAAGAAAGUUCGUAUAUGACAAAUUUGAAGAAAAAACAAGAGAAGUUGGGUGAAGACCUUUCCGAUAGACUUGACCAGGGCCGGUUUGAAAGUUUCAGAAGUUAUGAUUCGGGCUACCAAAAAGAAAGAAAACUAGCAAAUGGGUCAUCAAGAGAUUGUUACUCUGAGCUAAGAGAUGUGAUUAGAGAAGGACUUUCAAAGCAAAAUCUUUUGCCAAAUAAGGCUUAUCAAGAGAGUGCUUUGGCAGGCAGAGACACUGAUGCAUUAGCAGGUAAAAGGACAUUGCAGUCAUCUCCCGAUAUAGCUUCAACUAGCUCAAGUAGAUCGUCUUCAAUGAUUUAUUCGACUCACGAGUUCACCUCUUCCGACUCUUUUUCAUCAAGGGCUACUGAGGAAAAGCCAAAACGGUCAAAUUUGAUCGCAAAACUUAUGGGUUUAGACCAGUUUCCUUCAAAACUGCUUCCUUCUAGUCCCCCGAAACAAUUGGAGGUGACUAGCAAAAUGAGGCCAGCUUUCGAUGUUGACUUGCCAAAUGCAAAGAAACCUCAAUUUUUGGGUCAAAAGAUGGAUAGAGAACAUGGUCAAAGGAUGGAUAGAGAACAUAUGUCAUUAGAUGAGAUCAUUGUAAUGAUGCAAUCAAAAGGACUAUUGAGAAGUAACAAGCAUGUGAUCAAACAAACAAGUAAAAGUUUGACAGAGGAGACACCACCGAUUGUUUUAAUGAGACCCCAUCGUUUAGGCCCUGAUAAUCAGAAUGUAAAAGUUUAUGAUAAUCCAAUGAGAAAACUUCAUCAAGAAAAGGCAAAAGCCGAAGAUAUAUCUGUCAAGACUAGAGGGAAAAUGAAACUGCCUUCAAAUAAGCAAAAAGCUUCUGCUCUCGUUGUCACAAAACCACAAAGAAAUCAAGAGGUUGUGAAAAAAAUAGACAAAAUUCAAAAGAUUGCACCACCUGUCAGGAGGAGUAUAGUAGAGAAGGCAAAAUCAGCAAGUUUAGCCUCGAAAAAUGAUUCUUUGAAGGAAGUGAAGAUACAGAGAAGUGUUUCCCCAAAUUCCAUAACAAAACGCAUAUCUUCUUCAGCUUUAUCCACCAACAAAUCAAGCAACCAGAAGAAGAUUAUGAAGAUUGAAAAGCCUACUCUCAGUCACAAAGUUGUGCAGAUCAAUAUGCCUGAUCAGGAGAACACUCUCGAAUCUGAAGUUACGAUUAGAGAACAUGAUAAUGUGAGACAGCAAUCUCUCUCUGAAGCUUUUGAAAAGAGUUUAGAUCAUGUUACUGAUGCUGUACCAAGUAUGGAUCACUUUGAAGCUAGAAAUGAUCAUGGAGAAAGUGGUGUUUUUGAUGUCAUUGAAAGGAAAGAAAAAAUCUUGAAAACUAUAAGCAGUUUUCAAGAUUCUGAACCUGCCAAUUUUGAGCUUUUUCAGGACUGUGUAAACGAGUUAUUGGAGCAUGAAAACCAAAGGCAAAAUCCAUUUCUGAGAUGCAUAUUACCAUCAAGGGUUUGCACUUCUGAGGGUCAUAUGAUGACGGAAAUUGCUAAAGGAGUUGAAAAUUUAGUAAAUUACAGUAAGUUUUCAAAUGAGAGUUCUAAUGCAGAUACAAUUUCUAGAAUUUUGGAAAGAGAUUUGUAUUUAAGUACAAAUGGAGGAGUAUGGACUGCUGGGUGGACGGAUGGGUGUACUGUAAAUGAGGUUGAGGAAGCUGUGUUAGAUUUGGAGAAGAUGGUAUUGAGCAAAUUAAUCGAUGAUAUACUAAUAGAACUUGUAAGUAGAGGUCGAUUUGUGCAGAAGACGUAGUAUGCAAAUGCACGCUAAAGUAAUUUUUAUAGUGUUUUGUAGCAUGAUAAUGAUACGAAAUCAUGAAUUGGCUACUUAAUUCUAGUAGAUAUAUAACGUUUUAGUAGAUUGAUUAUAGUUAAAA